GGUGACUGCCCGCCGGAAGUAGAGUGUAGACGUUUGCGAGGCCUUCACAGGCGUCAUGGCCUCGCACAUGGAGGAGCCUGUGACCUUUGAGGACAUCGCCAUCUAUCUGAGCCGCGCAGAGUGGGACAUGGUUGCAGAGGAGCAGAGGGAGCUGUACCGCAGCGUCAUGCUGGACAACUAUGAGCUCUUGGCAUCACUGGGAUACCCAGGCCCCAAACCUGACAUUCUGCAUCGGCUGGAGCGUGGGGAAGAGCCAUGGGUCAACACACCACAGAGCACAGUGAAGUGGGAUGGACCUGACAGACCUCUUGGACUCAAUGGGUACAAGAGAUGGCUGGCAGAGUCGUGCUCCAGCAGGUGGCUGGAUGCUGACAAGCACAAGGUGCUGGAGGAGACAAACCCCCCCAGCCAUGGAGAACGAUGUGAGCCGUGGCGGCUACGGUCCAGCAGACUGCUGAAGAAGUUUGGGUGCCUCGAGGGUAGGAGUGAGUUGCGAUCAGAGGCAGCCAGCAGCCAGCCAGCGCCAGAGGGAAGCCAAGAGAAGGCACGGAUGGGCUGUUUGACCAGGAAUUUAGAAACGGAAGGUAAACAAGGGAUCAAGACAGAAUUAGCACAAAGCAUGGGAAAUGUGGCUUCUUGCAAGCGUCUGCAUGAUAACUGCACAGACACCUUUCAAGGGACUGUAGAAAAACCACAUCAUGUUUUAGAGGAAGUAAGUGUUUUCCAGGCAAACAGGGAAUACAGGGAAUCUUCUACUGAGGAUGUGAUCAAAACUGUUCUGGAAGACCACUGUUACUGUGUGAGUAAUGCACUGCCCUGGACUGUAUUUUCACGUGCUCUGAGAGAACAUGACUACUGCAGUAACAAUAAUAGUGAUUCCUCAGUGCUCAGAGACCACGAAUACUGUCAGGUACAAAGGUUUCCUUAUCGGGACAGAAUCCGUAAAGUUGUUUGCCGUACUUGCAGGGCUCGUGCCAGAGCUUAUAGGCUAGCAAAGCGAAAAUCCUAUGUAGAGCGUAUCAUCUGGAAAGCUAAGCGAAGUGUGCGAUUUCUCAAGUCCACCUUCAAAAGCUUGUGGUUUCCUCGAGCUUUCUUCUGCACAAAAUCUCUUUCUGCAUCUCCUGUGUCGUCAUCUGUUCCUCUGGCUAGGGCAGAUAACUCCACGAAGGAAACUUGUGGGACGUUUUGUCCUCCUGCAGAGCAGGUGGUUGUGCCCCAACAGUCUCAGAAGAAAGAAGACUCCCAAGAGGUGGCUGUGCUCCCACAGCCUGAGAAGGAGCACUCUCAGGAGGAGACAUCAGAAGCACACAGUGCCCCUGCUGCACCUGUUGAAUCAGCAGCUGCACCCCCAGCCCCCAGGGAAGCUGCAGAGGUGCAGGGGGAAGCGGCACAACCUGAGGUGCUUGUGCACCAAGGGAUGCAGGAGGCAAAAUUGAUCCAUGAAGCUGACACUCAGCAAAACACAGAAAGAUACAAAAUCAUUAAUCCAAGUUGCGUAUUGCUGCACGAUGCUUAUGAAAUGGUCGUGUGGACUGUUGAUCACAUGCUGGAAUCUGUAUGCCAGGCAUUUGAGCUUGGUGGCUAUACUCUGUGUAAGGAGAUGAGGCCUGUGAUUACCCAGUCUGACAGCUGACCACCAGAACAUGAGCAGCUGUGCCUGCUCUGUCAUGGUGAACAGACAGAACCCUGCAGCAAGACCCACUAAUGUGGCUUCGCAAUAGAAACUGAAAGGUGUACUAAAGGAUCAGUGCGUAAAUGGAUACUACCACGUAAAUGGAUGCAAAACGUGGCUUGUAGCACCUGCUGGGAAAAGUGUUAUCACUUGGGAGGCUUCAGGGAAAAGCCAGAGGAAGAGAACAAGCAGGACUGGUGCAAGUAAAAGAGGAAGAAGCCUGGGAAAACUUAUAAGAGAUGGGAGAAUAAGGGCAGCUGUGUGUUAGCAGGCUGCUGUCUGGUGUACUUUCUGGCUCAGCUGUGUGUGAUCACUGUGUAGUUUCUCCUUGUUAAACCAUUGCCACCUGUUUGUGUGAGCACAUGCUCACGUGUGUCAGCAUGCGAGCUGUGCUUGCUUGCCAGGGCUGGACCUGGCAGAAAGGGAUCUGAGGCUGCUGUACUCAACUCUGCCUCAGUACAGGCACUGUGUGUGAUGUCCUGGGCUCUCCCUCUCAUACUUUAAGCCUUUUGAACACGGGAAUUCUUAAGAUGGAACGAUAAUUUUUUUUUUUUUUUAAGAGACUGCACAUCCGCCUGUUUUGAAAGCAGGUGGGGAUGUAUCAUGCAAAGCCUUGCUGCAUUCUAAUGUGAAAACUAUUGGAAAAAAAAUCAUUGCAGUGGGAGGUGAGGUUCUGAUAGUGGGAAGGCUGCGAAGAGAUGCUGGGGCUGCCCUGUACCAGUGCAGCCACAUCCAGCAGCCCUGCCACACAGAGUGGUAGAGCCCAGCAACUGAGAUGGCGGUGCCUUUUAGUUGGUCUUUGUUUCUCACUACCCAACUGUAUUUUCAUUGUCAAUAAAUGAACUUUCCCCAGGUUGA